AUGCCCAAGAAGAAGGUCAGCUCCGCUGAGGGGGCAGUGAAGGAGGAGCCCAAGAAGAGAUUGGCAAGGUUGUCAGCUAAACCGGCUCCUGCAAAAGUGGAAACGAAGCCAAAAAAGGCAGCAGGAAAGGAUACAUCUUCAGACAAAAAGUGCAAACCAAAGGGAAAAGGGGGAGCAAAGGCAAAACAGGCUGAAAUGGCUAACCAAGCGACUAAAGAAGACUUACCUGCAGAAAAUGGAGAAACUAAAAACUAG